GGCGCUAUGGCAGCGUGAGGAGUGAAUGGCUCUGAGUAUCCGCGGCGGAAACCGACCUAAACACUGGCCUGGGAACUGAUAAACAAACACAACAAAUAACGCGGUGCGUAAAAAGCUCUCCACGGCGCUGGUUGCGGGUGCGCACGGACACCGUCUCAGCGGUCCAGGAAGCCAAAGAAGACUCCGACGUGUUUGUUUGUUUUUUUUUGUUUUUCCUUCCUUUUCGUUGUGGUUGUUUAUUUCUGUGCGCAAGAAAAAAAGAAUGGGGAUAUCUUGAUUGGACAUGUGAGUUACGGGAGUUAACAAGACAAGCAGACCCUUUUCCAAGAUGAAGUUCCUCGCUUGCCUCCUCGUCACUUUGCUGGUGAUCCGAUCGAGUGCGGCACAGUCAGUUUGUCCCGGCACGGAGAACAAGCUGAGCACUCUGUCUGACCUGGAGCAGCAGUACCGCACCCUGAAGAAGCUCUACGAGAACUGUGAGGUCGUCAUGGGCAAUUUGGAGAUUACCAGCAUCGAUCGGAACCGCAACCUCUCCUUCCUCAAGUCAAUCAGAGAAGUGACCGGCUACGUGUUGGUGGCUCUCAACCAGUUCGACUACCUGCCGCUGGAGAACCUGCGGAUCGUCCGCGGCACCAAGCUGUACGAGGGUCGCUACUCUCUGGCCAUCUUCCUCAACUACAGGCGGGACGGGUACUACGGCCUGAGGCAGCUGGGCCUGCGCAACCUCACAGAGAUACUGAAUGGGGGUGUUUAUGUUGACCAGAACAAAUUCCUGUGCCAUGCGGACACCAUCCAUUGGCGUGACAUUAUCAAGAACUCCCAGGCUGAGCUGCUGGUGGUACCAUCCAACAACAGCAACCUCGGAUGCAGACGCUGUCAUCGCUCAUGUAACGGACGAUGCUGGGGCCAUCAAGAAGACCAAUGUCAAACCUUGACAAAGACGGUGUGUGCAGAGCAGUGUGACGGUCGCUGCUUCGGGCCUUACGUCAGCGACUGCUGCCAUCGCGAGUGUGCCGGCGGCUGCUCGGGCCCCAAGGACACGGACUGCUUCGCCUGCACCAAUUUCAACGACAGCGGAGCAUGUGUGACCCAGUGCCCUCAGCCGUUUGUGUACAACCCCACAUCUUUUCAGUUGGAGCACAACCCCAAAGCCAAGUACACCUACGGAGCCUUUUGCGUCAAGAAAUGCCCACAUAAUUUCGUGGUGGACCACAGCUCCUGUGUCAGAGCAUGUCCGAGCAACAAGAUGGAAGUGGAGGAGAACCGCAUCAAAAUGUGCAUCCCCUGUACCGACAUCUGUCCUAAAGUGUGCGAUGGCAUUGGGACGGGCAGCCUGCAGACGGCUCAAACUGUGGACGCCAGCAAUAUUGAGAAGUUUGUCAACUGCACCAAAAUCAACGGCAACCUCAUCUUCCUCAUUACGGGCAUUAAAGGGGACAUGUACCAUGGUAUUGGACCUCUGGACCCUGAACGCCUCAACGUGUUCCGCACUGUGAAAGAGAUCACAGGUUUCUUCAACAUCCAGUCUUGGCCCGAGAACAUGACAGAUCUUAGUGUUUUUUCGAGCCUGGCAACCAUUGGAGGUAGAUCUCUUUACAGUGGAAGUGGUAUUUCGCUGUUGAUCCUGAAGCAGCGCUGGAUCUCCUCGCUUCAGUUCCAGGCGCUGGACGAGAUCAGCGCGGGAAACGUCUACAUCUUCAACAACAGCCGCCUGUGCUUCUACAACACCGUCAACUGGACGUCGCUCUUCAGGACCACGAGCCAGAAAGUCCUCAUCCGCAACAACCGGGAUCCGAAGGAAUGCACUCAGCAGCAAAUGGUGUGUGAUCAGAUGUGCUCAGACGACGGGUGCUGGGGCCCGGGGCCCGACCAGUGUCUUUCCUGCCAAUAUUUCAGACGAGGCCGCGCCUGUGUGGAGUCCUGCAACCUUUUUGAUGAGGAAAUGCGUGAGUUUUCCAAUGGAUCUGUGUGCCUGGAGUGUGAUAGCCAGUGUGAGAAGAUGGAUGGGAACGCCAUGACAUGCCUUGGCCAGGGCCCGGACCAAUGUGUAAAAUGCCUCCACUUCAAAGAUGGACCCAACUGUGUGGAGAAAUGCCCCGAUGGGUUGCAGGGGGCCAACAGUUUCAUCUUCAAGUACGCCAAGGCCAACAACGAGUGUCACCCCUGCCAUGCCAACUGCACCCAGGGGUGCGCCGGGCCAAGACUCCAAGAUUGUGUCGGGAUGAUGGACAGGACACCACUAAUAGCAGCCGGCAUUAUCGGCGGCCUAUUCAUCAUCGUCAUCCUGGCGCUCAGCGUGGCCGUUUCUGUCCGACGCAAAAGCAUCAAGAAGAAGAGGGCCCUGCGGCGCUUCCUGGAGACGGAGCUGGUGGAGCCCCUGACCCCGAGCGGAACGGCCCCUAACCAGGCUCAGCUGCGGAUCCUCAAAGAGACUGAGCUGAAGAGGGUCAAGAUUCUGGGUUCUGGAGCUUUUGGUACCGUCUACAAGGGCAUCUGGGUCCCGGAAGGUGAGACGGUGAAGAUCCCUGUGGCUAUUAAAAUCCUCAACGAGACCACGGGCCCCAAAGCUAACGUGGAGUUCAUGGACGAGGCCCUGAUCAUGGCCAGCAUGGAGCACCCCCACCUGGUGCGUCUGCUGGGCGUCUGCCUGAGCCCCACCAUCCAGCUGGUCACCCAGCUCAUGCCCCACGGCUGCCUCCUCGACUACGUGCACGAGCACAAGGACAACAUCGGAUCGCAGCUGCUGCUCAACUGGUGUGUCCAAAUCGCCAAGGGGAUGAUGUACCUGGAGGAGAGGAGGCUGGUCCACAGGGACCUGGCAGCCCGCAACGUGCUGGUGAAGUCGCCCAAUCACAUCAAGAUCACCGACUUCGGCCUGGCGCGGCUGCUGGACGCCAACGAGAAGGAGUACAACGCAGACGGGGGCAAGGUUGGUAUGCCCGUUAAAUGGAUGGCUCUGGAAUGCAUCCACUACAGGAAGUUCACCCAUCAGAGCGACGUGUGGAGUUAUGGAGUGACCAUCUGGGAGCUGAUGACAUUCGGAGGCAAACCGUACGACGGUAUCCCCACGCGAGAGAUCCCAGACAUCCUGGAGAAAGGGGAGCGCCUGCCCCAGCCGCCCAUUUGCACCAUAGAUGUCUACAUGGUCAUGGUCAAAUGCUGGAUGAUUGACGCAGACAGCAGGCCGAAGUUCAAGGAGCUGGCUGCUGAGUUCUGCAGAAUGGCCCGGGACCCCCAGCGAUACCUAGUCAUCCAGGGAGACGACCGCAUGAAGCUUCCCAGCCCCAACGACAGCAAGUUCUUCCAGAGCCUCCUGGCCGAGGAGGAUCUGAAUGACUUGAUGGAUGCUGACGAGUAUCUGGUGCCUCGGGGUUUCAACGUGGCCCCUCCGUCAUACACCACCAGGCCUCGCGUCGACUCCAACCGAAACCAGUUUGGCUAUCGAGACGGUGGUCCGAACUCUGCAGAGGCCUCUUCGACAGGUGCCCAAGCCUGCGUGAACCCGCAAGCCACGGGCGGACCGGGUCCGGCCCUGGAGGACCAGCGCUGUAACGGGAGCCUGCAUAAGAAGAGCCUGAGCCAGGCUGGAGGAGAGGACAGCGGGGGCCAGAGGUACAGCGCCGACCCCACCAUCUUCCUGGGGGAGAGGGCGCCCAGAGGGGACACUGACGAGGACGGAUACAUGACACCCAUGAAGGACAAGAGCUCCUCAGAAUAUCUGAAUCCCAUUGAGGAGAACCCGUUUGUCUCCCGACGUAAGAACGGCGAGGUCCACGCCUUGGAUAACCCGGGCUACCACAGCACACCCAACAGCCAGCCCAAAGGAGAGGAUGAGUACAUCAACGAGCCGCUGUACCUCAACACCUUCCACAGCCCCGGCGAUCUAGGCCUGGAAGUCUUAAGGAGAAAUGGUCUGCCACUACCCACCCAGCCCCCUCCGUCCAUCUCUUCUUUAGGCUCCCACCUCCCGCUUACCAUCCAGACCAGCCUGCCCCACUACCCCCUCCCCACUGGCCAGCCCUCUCCAUCUGGCAUGCCUUGCCACCAUGGCCCGCCGACCCACAUCCUCCACGCCCACCACACCAUCAAACCUGCAGGACAACCUGGCAAUCCAGGUGGUGGCUCAGCCAGCCAGAGCCAAACAGGAACUACUGCCCAAGCCCAGGUGUGCCAGUCAGGUGCCCUCUCCACCUCGGCCACCAUCGGGCACGGCAGCCUGCCAGCCUACCAGAUCCACGCCACCAUGCACCCGGCCAGCCUGCUGAAGCACGGACUGACGUCGGGUAAAGUCAGCGGGAAAAAGCUGAAGGUGACCUUUGACAAUCCAGAGUACUGGCAGCACAGCUUGCCUCCAGUAUCGUCAAACCAGACGGCCCCUGAGGGUGCCCAGGGCGGUUCCACCAAUGCCACGCUCUUCUAUAAACAGAACGGACACAUACGGCCGGUGGUAGCUGAAAAUCCCGAAUACAUGUCUGAGUUUUCCCUGAAAUCUGGUACCGUCUUGCCGCCUCCGCCCUACCGGCAGCGGAACACUGUGGUCUAAAUCGUUCCACUUGACAAACGUUCCUCAAACUGACACCCCGCCUCCCGCUACCCAGACAUCCUCUCCAGUUCCACUGUUCCACACAGAGGGGAGCAGCCACAACCAGAGCCCCCAACUCUUUCCAAACAACGUGCCAUCUGCUCUAGACCGUAGCGACACGGAGGUGAACCAAGCCAAGCAGACUCACACACCUUCACUAUAUCCAAUCCAGUCCAUUUCUGUCCUGUAGAUAGAGACUGCGCUCCAUGUCAGUGAGAACGUGAAGUUUAUGGUGUUUUUUUUGGCAAGCAGCGGACACAUGACUGUCACACAGCAGUGGACGCACCGUGUUGACCCAGCGUGGUAGACCACAAUGGCUUUAAACAAGAUGCAUUUGGCUUAAGGGGACCUGAACUCACUGCCAACCACUGCGGUUGUCAGAUUCAUGGGAGGAACAAGAUGUUCUGUUAUUUUUCCAGUAUAAAAGUCUGAGGAUGAACAAUACGCUUCUAAGGGUUUCUGAAAUAAGCAAACAGACAGAGCGAAUACAGUCUAUUACAUGUCAAGAUAUGUUGUUUUGUGAAUGACUUUGUGGAGUGAAGUAAAACAGCAAAUAUGUACUAUGGAGGAUAAAAGGAUUAAAAUGGUUUAGUCAAGACUUCCAGUAACAACAGACGGAGCACUGGAAGCCGAUCAAUCAUAUUCAAUCUUUUUGCCUAUGGGAUUAUACCCUACGUUCUCGCAUUUUCCAUCAAAUAUGUGAAUCUCAUCUCAUCUUUCUACUGUAACUGUGAUACUGUGAUGGCCAAAACUACAGUGUGCUACAUUUGUAGUUCGACCAUGGACUUGCCUGAAAACACACAAGGCAACUGCUGUUUUUUGGCGGACUGCUGUCUGCUUGGAAGAGCUGAUCAAAAGCAGCCUUUUUACCGAGCCAAAGGGGAUAAGGGAAUAAAACACUGUAAACAUUUUUAAAAACACUGGUUGCAGUGCUGAGAAAAUGGAUUUGUAUGCACUGGUUUUCCCAUUCAGACCAUUAAGCUAACUUAGAUGCGUAAAAAGUGUCUUGCCACAAGACUAUAGAUUCCUGUAUCUGCUGAAAAGUAAGAUAAGACCAUCCAUGAAGCAGCUGAACUAAAAUUGGUGAUUAUAUAGACAGUGUGAGGCAACAGAGCAAAAAAGAUUCUACAGAGAGGGGAGGGAGAGUUCAUACAAGCCGCCUAAUGAAGACCUCAAGGAAUGAACAAGACAGCAGCAGCAGAGCACAGUAAAAGCAGACUACUACUGUGUGCGUCUGUGUUUAUAUCAGUGCGAAUGGAACGAGCUGGUGUGCGUUCACAUUUUAGCGAGCCAGGGAUGUCUGUGGAAUAAGAGAUGCGGCAGCAGUCGGUGAAGAGAUGGUCGGUAGCCUCGGUACGGCUGCUAACACUGAUCCGACCUCGAAUUUUUCCACCAUAUGACUACUGUCGAGUAGAAAACACUUUUAAGGUCUUGAAUUGUCUUUGUCACAGUUCAAUUAUAAGAAACAUAACUGUUUUGUUAGCUUGGAACUAGUUCUUAUGAAAUUAUAAAUCCUGAGCACUUUUGCUGGACCCUAAUCGUCUCCAGCUGAUGUGGACAUGAUUCUGGCAAACAUGGGAAAUGGAUGCAUUCCCAUGUCAUUUAUUCCAUCAUUUCUCCAUUCAUUAGUGGCACCUUGUAACUCAGGAGCCUGUUUUGCAAGCCUGACCACACUGCAGUAACGAUUUAUUUGGUUUAGUCUAAGGUGGCGAAGCGACCUGCACAAUUUUAAACCAUUACGUCAUUUCAUUUUGACAAAGGAUCGCCGACAAAGAUCAAGACCACAUCUGUGUUUGUAGUAAUGGGGCUGUCGGUUGCACUUUGGCUGCUUCAGUUGGCACCAAAUUGUUACAUAUUUUGAAGGACCUUAUUGCCCAGAAGUCGGAACUCAUGAACUACCAACCCGCCAACCUCGUCUCUUUGAAAUGAUGUUUACAACUAAUUUGCCACAGCAAAUGCGUUUCGAGGCAAAGUCCUGCUCUUUGUACGUGAACAUAAUCCAGUGAUUACUGGGACAACAAAUCAGUGCUCGUAAAUUAUUCUUUGUUUCUUAUUUUCUAGUGCAGCUGUAACUUUUCCCCGACACUGAUUUAGUAGUCUGGCCACUGUUCGUCUAUGCUCCUGAUCCAUCGAGGCUUAGCGUCUCUUUCCCAACUGAGUUUUACUCUUGAGAUCACCAAUAGAGUGCGGAUUGCCCCGUCAGUCUCAAGAGAAUCGCUUUAACCCUCACUACUGAUGCCUCUGCAGGCAAAACUGCCAGUCAAUGCUGCUAAAAGCGCUGCUGUUACAGCCAUUAUUUCUUCCGCCCGAGCCAUACAGGAGACCUGUGGGUGGGGAAACACCACCGCGCUUUGCCAAACUUCAAGGAUGAAGAAUAAAAUGUUGUAAUGAUGGGUUUGCCUCAGAGGUCCUCUUCCAAGAAUCACAUCUUAGUUCAAUCAAUAUGAACAGAAUCUUUUAGUUUCUGAACCUUUUAGCCUUUAAAAGUUUUUUUUCUUCCCAUCCAUAAUCUUUUAUUAAUGUAAUUAUUUAGUCAUUCUGCCGUCGCAGAGCCCUCCCCAAGCGGCUUUCUUAUCUAGGAUAUUUAUUUAGUGUAUUUCAAUGUCUGCUUCUGUGUGUGUGAAAGUGUGCGUCGGAGUAAGCUGUAUAUGUUUGUCCUCCCCAUGGAGCACUUUGAUCAAAGAGAUGAUAUCCACCCUUCUUUACUGCAAUGUUCAACUUGUUGUUUAUCUGGUAAUUUACCACUUCAGAGGGGCAAAAUCUUGAGCAAAAGUCAGAGGGAGUUCACGAAGAAAACACCUUUUCGGUGCUACUGACCAGCUUCAAGAAUGUCCUCCUUUUUGCUUUAAACACUAUUCAUAAUGCUGCUUUGAUGAUAUCAUGAUUAUUUGAUGGAUUAUUUUGGAGCUCUGAUUCAAUGAACUAGAGAAAGCAUUUAAUAUCAAUAUGAAACAUUUAUAGCGCGUUUGAGCCUGUUUAUACUGAGCGAUGGAAGCGUCUGGCACAUCUGUGUUUCAGAUAGAAGAAAAGAGAAAGGCACGACGGCGGCGAUAAGAAGAUCAGUUCCUCUCGUUGGCCUAAAUUUACCCGCAAAACUCAAAAUAUGUGUAUGAAUCAAGACUAGAUUAGACUGAAACGCUGGCAAGACGACUGGCCUUGCAUGUUCUCGAGAGCACUUCAGAGAACCGGAGACACUUCGCAACCCUCCGCUUUUAAUUGAAUCGUCUCGAGUGUUCAUUGCAAGUCUUGUUUUUUCAUCCAAUUGCCCUUUUUUAUUUUUACUAACCACAAUCCGUUUUCUUUUUCUUGGAAGCAAUCAAUUUUCCUCUCUGCUGGCUAAUAUCUCAUUUCAAACACAUCUGGCCUCAGCAUUGGAUCCUUGUUACUUGCUGCGAUGUGUCUCGGGCCUAAACACUCUCGUGGCAGUUCAAGAACACACUGUUAAGAGACUGAUCACGUCUUUUAUUUCUACUUUUUACUGUUUCCUCCGAGCCAAGGUGCAGAGGCAUGUAGCCAUGUCGUACUGAAGUGAAUCCUUCGAUGUUUCAUCAUCAGCAGCUCCUUACAAUAGAGGCUGCGUUAGAGUCUAAUGUAUAGUACAAUAUCACCUUGCAUGGUACCCAAAGUGAGUGUUUUACUGCCCUCCACCUUUGUAUCCCUACAUUGAUGACAGUAUUAUAUUCAAUUUUCAUCGUGGGAGAUUCCUUUUUUUACUGAAUUCAGUAGCACAAACCUUAUUUCUCACAUCUUUCAUGGGAUAUUUUUCUGUAUAGUACCCUAUAUAGUCUUUUAUUGUUGAGUUGUUUUCCAUAUUAUCAAGGAUGUUUUUCUUCAAGGAAAAAAAAAAAAAAAAACUUCAAUCUGUGAUUUCUUUUCCCACUAUUUUGUUGUUGUUCCCUGCACAUUAUUUAACAUGUUUGCCAUGCUCGCCGCACAUGUUUAGCCGUUAAUUGCACAAAUCAUCGUUGUUAAAUGAUCAGAUCAGAUGAAAUGUACAGAAUCUUUGGGGGGUUUUCCUCCAAAACUUCUCUAACAUACUUCAACAACAAAUGUGAAUAGUAUUUUUAUAAAAGCACUGAAAUGGCCGACGUGGUGAAUUUGUAAAUAAGGAGGUCGAUGCUUUUGAAUUUAUAUGGUCUUCUCUCCAUUUUUCUCCCGCUUAUGACGAGUUGUACAAAAAGAGCCGUACAUAUUUGCUUUAUGUAAGUGUAAUUUUUGACUAAUGGGACUUUGAUUUUAAAAGUGCUUGUUGACCCCUCUCUCAUGUGAAACAUUCAGAGCUUUGUGGCUGUCCUCACGUAUUGUUUCACUGUAAAAGUGGUGAUGGUGGGUGGGUUGGUGGGGAUCUCUUUGUUUUCGCUUCCCCAAUGCCUACCAUUUCAUUUUGUCUCCAGUAAUGAGAACAAGCCAACAAACAGCUUAUUCUCCUCUUUGUCUCCCCCUCUUUCUAACUCUCAUAAAACUGCGUACUUUCUACUGGAAACGUCACUGAGCCACGUCCGACCUCCUCCUCCUCUCUGCUGGACGCAGCCUUCACAGUACGCCCUGUUGUCAGUUCCUUUCUGAUGGGUUUUGCAUGCUUUCAGAGGAGACAUAGUAGAGAGAAGGCAGUACCGCCUCCUCGCCGACGUUAGCUUAUCCCCCUGUAUCCAAGAAUGUCACCGCUGACUAUCUCUCCGAGUUAUUUGAAACCAUACCCAAAGCUUUAUAUCAUAGAAAUACCGUUCCUCAUGUUUGUUACAUGAAUCUGUCAAAAGUAUAUUUUUAAUUUAAUAUAAAUAAAGAUUGAUUCAGUAUCUGUUGGUUUUUUUCGUGGUGCUUUGCUUGUGUGUCUUGCAGCUAAAAAAAAACCAAAACAACAUCUAACGCUUGGGUUUGCUAGUUGAGCAGAAAGUUUGCAAAAAGAGAAAGUUGUGGAUGUUCUUUAGCACACUUGAGUAAACACAAAUCUUGCAGAGAAAAUUAUUCUCAAAGUAAGUUUUGGAGAAGGAUUAUACCUGAUGUUUAGAAAAAUACCUUUGUUUGUUUUUUUCCUGUUAGGCUUCGAAGUAGUGAAUCUGGGUAAUUCAGCUCCAUCAGGGACUGAAACCCCGGUUCUGUGUCUUGCUCAAAGACACCUCAGCAGGGGAUCUUCGGAGCCCUAAACCUACACUCCCUUACUCAACAUGCCACCCCGCUGCUAGUAAAUAGAGCGGAAAACGAAAGGCCCCGUCGAUUGCUCUAAUGCUCGCUCGAAGCGCUUUAAUAAUACAAUUUGAACAGAUGCUGUCUUUAAUUAAGGCGAGAAGCUCUCAAGUUCCAGCGUGCUUGUUUUGACCCGACUUCCUAAGAUCAACAUUGCAGAAGUUGCACCGGAGGCGAGACUCACGCUUUCAUGCUCAAAAGGACUUGCAGAUGAAGACCAUGCUGCAUCAAACGCUCCGCAGUGUCCUCCUAGCCUCCUCCUCCUCCGACGGUCCUCCUUUUCGAAGAGGCGAAUGUGUGGGUGUAACAUUUUGCUCUCGUUUUUCCUCCUGCCCCGCGCCGCGCUUAAUCCGCUGUUUACCCAAGUGUCGGUUAUGUAAACUGGCAUAGGCAACAUCGUUUGCUAUGCAGCGCUCCUCCAUCGCCGCCGCGUAUACCCGGGCUUUCAUUUCAAUCAUGAAUAAUACAGAACUGUCCGAUGGCAGAAUAUGAGCUUUCUGAAGUCACUGCUAUUAAUACUAAUAAGGCGUUGGGGUACUUUAAGUAAACACUGUUUAUGAACAGAAAUCCUCCUUUCUUUCCCUCCUUUUUGGUUUCCUCCGAGGCUCAAUUAGUAAGCACAUCGCGCUCCACCUUUGUGAUGUAGGAGGGGGCUUCUGCUGCAGAGAAGCGCCAUUCAAACUAUUUCCCGCCAAAGUCACAGCCCCUAUAGCUAUAGCUACACAUCUAUAUCAUCAUGCCUGCUUGAAUCCUGUCAAAAACAUUACGACUCCUAUUUUCUCCGUAAAAGAAAAUUUAAUUGAUACUCAGUCACUCCCUUCCCGACGUUGAACUCG